ACGUGGUUAGAGCUGGUGUCACCCAUCAUGACCACACAGCACGGGGCGGUGCGGAGGUGCUUUCUCUGCUGAAGGAAACGGCCUGGCUCAUUCUUGGCAUUGCCGACACCUUGGGCCAUGGAGGGCAACAUGGAAACAGGAGUGAUUUAUCCUUUGUCAGACUCCCCCUCUGCGAAGAUGUCUGAGUCGUCUCCAGCCGAUGAAGGUACAACGUUUGAGCACCUCUGGAGCACACUGGAACCAGACAGCACCUACUUCGACCUCCCUCCGUCCAGCCAUGCAGGCAGCAGCGAGGUCUCCAACCGCACGGAGGUGACGAUGGACGUGUUCCAGCUGAGAGGCAUCAACGACUCCGUGAUGUCCCAGUUUAAUUUGCUCAACAACAGCAUGGAUCAGAGCAUCGGCAGCAGAGCAGCCUCCGCCAGCCCCUACAGCUCCGAGCACACCUCCAAUGUCCCCACGCACUCGCCCUACUCGCAGCCCAGCUCUACCUUCGACGCCAUGUCCCCGGCUCCCGUCAUCCCCUCCAACACUGACUACCCGGGUCCCCACCACUUCGAGGUGACCUUCCAGCAAUCCAGCACAGCCAAGUCGGCCACCUGGACAUACUCCCCCCUGCUGAAGAAACUCUACUGUCAGAUCGCCAAGACAUGCCCCAUCCAGAUCAAGGUGUCCACCCCGCCGCCCCCGGGCACCAUCAUCCGGGCCAUGCCCGUCUACAAGAAGGCCGAGCACGUCACGGAGGUGGUGAAACGCUGCCCCAACCACGAGCUGGGCCGAGACUUCAACGACGGCCAGUCAGCCCCAGCCAGCCACCUCAUCCGGGUGGAGGGCAACAACCUCUCCCAGUACGUGGACGACCCCGUGACGGGACGGCAGAGCGUGAUGGUGCCCUACGAGCCCCCGCAGGUGGGCACCGAGUUCACCACCAUCCUGUACAACUUCAUGUGCAACAGCAGCUGCGUGGGAGGAAUGAACAGGAGACCCAUCCUCAUCAUCAUCACCCUGGAGAUGAGAGAUGGCCAGGUCCUAGGAAGGAGAUCGUUUGAGGGACGGAUCUGUGCCUGUCCGGGCAGGGACCGGAAAGCUGAUGAAGAUCAUUACCGAGAGCAGCAAGCCCUGAACGAGAGCGCAGCUAAAAACGGCAACGCCAACAAACGCACAUUCAAACAGAGCCCCCAGGGGAUCCCAGCACUGGGGACGGGCAUUAAGAAACGGAGACACGGGGAGGAGGAGAUGUAUUACGUGCCUGUGCGGGGCCGGGAGAACUUCGAGAUCCUGAUGAAGAUAAAGGAGAGCCUGGAGCUGGUGGAGCUGGUCCCGCAGCAGCUGGUGGACUCCUACCGGCAGCAGCAGCAGCAGCUCUUGCAGAGGCAGAGCCAGCUGCAGACGCCUUCGUCCUACGGUCCUGUCCUCUCCCCUAUGAACAAGGUCCAUGGAGGAGGAAUCAACAAGCUGCCCUCCGUCAACCAGCUGGUGGGGCAGCCCCCGCAGCACAGCUCCAGCUCAGCGCCCAGCCUGGGGCCCAUGGGACCCGGAAUGCUAAACAGCCACCCCAUGCAACCCAACGGAGAAAUGAACGGGGGUCACUCGUCCCAGUCCAUGGUUUCGGGAUCACACUGCACCCCUCCUCCACCCUACAACCCCGAUCCCAGCCUCGUCAGUUUUUUAACAGGAUUGGGGUGUCCAAACUGCAUCGACUAUUUCACCUCACAAGGGUUACAGAAUAUUUACCAUCUGCAGAACCUAUCCAUAGAGGAUCUCGGAGCACUGAAGAUCCCGGAGCAGUACAGGAUGAUCAUCUGGAGAGGUCUUCAGGAACUCAAGCAGAGCCACGACUACGGGGCCCAGCAGCUCAUCCGCUCCAGCAGCAACGCCUCCACCAUCUCCAUCGGCAGCUCCGGCGAGCUGCAGCGGCAGCGCGUGAUGGAGGCCGUGCACUUCCGCGUGCGCCACACCAUCACCAUCCCCAACCGCGGCGGCGCCGACGAGUGGGCGGACUUUGGCUUUGACCUCCCAGACUGCAAGUCCCGCAAACAGUCCAUAAAAGAGGAGUUCACGGAGGGAGAGAUCAACUGAGGGUCUCCGGGGGGCGGCAGUAGGAGACCGGACACAGAGUUAAAGGAACAGGUGGGGGGGAACCAAACCCCAUAUGAAAAAUGGGAGAACACUUUCGGCCGUGAGCGUCUGUGUAAUUUUGCUGGACAGAUGGGAACUCUAAGCCGUGUGAGAAGGCACGGCCCUGAUCCGUUCUCUAGGGACCUUUCCCAGAGAGGAAAUCCCAUCGGGUUUGUCAGAGGACCGAGGGAGAAGAGGGUGGCUGAGACAACUGAUGAAAUGGAGGACAGACUGACUGCACGUGGCAGAGGAGUCACCUGCUGGCUCACGACACUGUUUUGUAUUUUACUGGAAGAUCCUUGCAUCAAACAGAUGCAGCCUAGAGAUAGCACAUUUUCUGUUAGUGAGACUGGCCUUGCCUUCUGACUUAUCCCUCUUCUGUGUUCUCAGUGGCGUCAAAAACCAACGGGUUCUUUAUCAUGGUAAGAAUUGAUUUAGCCCUUACCUGCUCCAUUUUCUGUAAAAGUAUCUGCCAUUGACUGAUGAUACAAAGCAUCAAAAUCUGCUUUCCUGAUGGACUGCCAAAAAGCAUCUGUUUCAUUCAGCUCCUUGUAGAGCAGGAACCAACCCGUUUGUCAGUUCCAGAUGUGUUCAUGUACUUAAAUAUUUGUGUAUAUAAACAGAACAAAGUGUACAUACAGUAUACUCAUUGUGCCGCAAGGAUAAGAAAAGAUUUAUUUUCAUGUAAGCUAUAAAAAUUGAUACUUACUCCUGAAACAAUACGGUGUCAAGUAAAUUAAUUUCAUGUUCUAGCAUGUAAACAUGCAGAAAAUCAUGUCUCAAGCCUUAUCUAUUCAGAAUUCAGAUGUGUGUUUUCCCUCCUCUGAAUAUCUAUCACACAAUUGCAGAGGGGGCAGGCCUGUGAAUUCCCCUCAGAAGGCAGAGCUCUGCACAAUUACCCUGCACCGUAGGGGGAGUUUGGAGGCAGAUUAAUGAGGUAGGUGUAAAUUUGAUCCUACCUUGGAGCGAGGAGACGGACUAAAGCAACCACGUGAGGUCUUUCCAGUUCUCUUUGCUGUUUCUGGUCAUUUCUUUCCAGGCGUAUGUAAUUUGUCUGUUGAUUCAGGCUGAAAAAAGCUCUGCAGAAAGCAAUGACAGGAGCGAAUGCGCUCCCUUCCCUCCCUCCUCUUACUAGCAAGCCGGUGCUGGACGUUUCGAGAGGUGAGAUCUCCCAACACGUCCCCACGAGGCACAGCACCAAGGCUGAGGUUCAGGAUGCACAGAGGGAGGGAAGACAAUGAACUUGGGCAGCGCUGGGGAGCCCAGGUGGGAACGCUGCUGCCCGGCACCUUCCCGCUGCGGUGUCUCAUCCCCUGCCCUGUCCCUGGGCUGGAGAUCACCGAGGGCAGACCCGCAGCUAUGCCCCAGAGCUGGCACCAGUCGGUGCAGCAGCAGCAUCCCUGCCAUCCCUCUGCCACCUUCCUCUGGGUGCCCAGGGCAGGGGGCUGCCACCUCUCCCCCAUCCCACCCGGCCCCAUGCUGCUGCCCCGGGAGCGGCAGGGAUGCGUGCACCUCUUCUGAGCCCUGCACCCCCAUACACUACACCCAGGGGGAUCCCGACCCCACUUUGGUCUCACUGAAAUGUGAACGUGUCCUGAAGCAACAGCUGAUUAAAGCACUUUAAUGCUUUAAAGGUUUGGAAACAAUCAGUCAUGUCUUCAAAGUUAACUAAGGCUUCUUCAGCAGUAUUAACUGA